AUGGACCUAUAUCCCGGUGAACGCCUCUUAUCAGGAACACUGGUUUUCAAGACUCGCUCUCGUGCAGCCCGCUCAGAUACACGCCUGUCUGGUAAUGAUACAUUUGUGGAUGCCGCAGUAUGUCUGAUCACAUCAUAUGGUGAUCGACUAGCCAGCGGCUUCAGUGCAUGUGACGCUCCCACACUGCUGCUCCCUGGCAACAACAGUGGGAUCUUAGCUGGUAUUGGCGGUACUGUGGCGCUAGAUGACUAUGGAACUGAGUACAUCACAUCUCUGUACCUAAUCUUUCAUCCCUGGCCAAGAAACUACAAUUACGUGUUAGACUCCUUCAAGCUGCUGGACCCGCCCAUUCGGAGCAGCCAGGCACUGGCCUACUGUGAAGGAAAACGUGGGUAUUGCACUAUGAGGGAUUCAGAUGUUGUUGCAAGCUGUCAGCUUACUGCAACAGUGACCAACACCUACAGUGUCACUACCUCCGACGCCGUGAGCCUCACCUUCGGUAUCGCCAGUAGUGACAGUGUCUCUUUAGGUACCACCAAUGGAACGGAGAACUCCAAGAACAUAGAGGUGUCCCUGGAGCGUUCCAGCACGACAGGUCAGACUACUGGGAUUCUAGUGAACCAGGGCGCAACUUCAGGCAUUGAGGUAGUGGAUGGUUUCUCGGUCACUAAGCAGCGUAGUGAGAGCAGACAGGAGACGUUGGGCACAGCUGAUGCCUCAUCCUGGUCAGAUGCAUUGGCUUCUGGAAGUGCAGCUACCUACUCCCGCCAGGAAUCCAAUGAGGAUAUACUUGCGCAAGAGUACAGUCAGACACAAGAGCAAAGCCGUGGGAGAACAACAUCAAAGUCUGAAACAGCUGGCGGCUCUAAAACCCUGGAGACAGAGACACGGUCUCAGUCCCAAGAGAUUGGUGUUGAUGCAACGGUUGGAACCAGAUUUAAAGUGUUUGGAUCAGAGUUAGAUUUUUCCGUCACUGCUCGUGAAUCAACAGUUUUUGGGAAGGAGAGCUCAACUGCCAUCACCACGGGCAAGGACUACCAGUCAUCAUCAACGACGUCAGAUACAAGGCAGAACACAAGGGGCUCUAGCCAGGCACGUGGCCUGACCAUUGGUGAAGACAAGACCUUCUCUACAGAGCAAACCAGUGAAAGGGGCGGAUGGCAGGAAGUGAGUCGCCAAAACACCUACGGUGUUGAUGUUAGCCAAGGCUCCACCAAAGACCAAAGCCGCAGCAGGAGCCUUAUUUCAACCAGUGAGAGAAGUGACAGCUCGGAGCUUAGCAAGCAGCUGACAGAGAGCGUCAAUGAGGGAGUAACCAACUCAGCAUCUGCCUUCUACCAGGUUAUGACUGAGCGUACCAAGGCAAUUACUGAAGAUGUUACCAAGGGAAAAGAGAGUACACGUGGUACCGAGUUCAGCUACACACUUGAUACAACAUACAGUUCACAAGUGACAUUCAGCCCCGACAAGCUGGCUGUAUCACUAUAUAUGAGUGUGGAGGAAUAUAAGGAUGCUCGCUACACAGCUUUGGUAGAACUUGAGACCAAUGUGCGUAAAUAA